UCUGAAAGUAAAAUAUAUAGUUUCUCUAAAUGCUGUAUUCUAUAGAAACAGAACUCUCUUAGUUGAUAUACAUCUGUUAACCACAUGAAUGGCAGGAAAUGACUUAUUAAAGUAUUGCAUUACCAAGCUUGUAGACUGCAUUGCAGUCUAGUAGCUUGAAAUGUGAAAAGCAGAUGUGAUAUAUUAUGGAGAAUACAUAGAAGACCUUCUACUGUUUUACAUAUAAGUUUCUACAUAGUAAUCAAUGUUAUGAGUGACAGUUGAAAGUAGUUCAAGGCCAAACAUGACAAACACAAAAGUUAAAGAAACAAUAUUAUGAUGUUAUAUUAAAAUUUCUACUUAUGGAGCAUAGCCAGAAUUAUGGCUAAUAAUAAAAAUCAUGUAGAAGUUAUACAAGAAACAUUCCUUACAUUAACUGAAGAUUUUUUGAAAUGUGGAACAACAAUUCAUGAUCUAAAAAUAACCAUUGCUACAAUGGAUAAUGUUAAAAUGAAUAAUAAUAAUAAUAAUGCAUAUUAUAUAUAUUUCAGAAAAGUAUUUGUUAUUUUAUUAUUAUCCGUUAUUUAUGGCCUACUUGUCAAAUAUUCAUAUAUUGAUAUUAUUAAAAAAAGUUUUUAUGGAACCCGUUGUUUUAUACCAAACAACUAUUUGAUAUGGGAAUUUACAAGACCAAUAUCAAAUUGUGAUUAUUGCCGUAAUAUUGAUAUGCCAAUAAUAUUGUCGAAUGUGACUAAGAAGGAAUUUGAAUUGUAUGCUUAUUCAUCGCAACCUAUAAUAAUAAAAAAUGCUGCUAGUCAUUGGUCAGCAUCAAAAGUAUUUAAUUUCGAUUUUUUUCAAAAUCUAUAUGAACAUAUCGAAGGUGCUUAUGAAUCUAUAGAGGAGGAAUGUCAGUUUUUACAUUUCAAAAGUGACUUUAGUAGUUUGCGCGAAGUUUUUGCAAUGAGUAAACAAAGAGCAAUGAAUCAAGAAGGUGAAAAUCCUUGGUACAUUGGUUGGAAAAAUUGUCAUCCACAAAUUUUGGACAUCAUGAAACAAUUUUAUGAUGUGCCAAAGUUUUUUCCAAAUGAUGCAGAAAUCCCACAUACAAAUUAUAUUUUUAUGGGUUAUGAACAAGGAGCUAAUAUGCAUCUAGACUAUAUAUCUCGACUGAUGUGGCAAGGACAAAUUGUAGGUAGUAAAACAUGGGUUGUUGCACCAACUCCUGAAUGCGACCAUGUUUGUAAACAAUUUAACUUCUCUGUUGAUACUGGAGAUAUCAUUCUUUUGGACACAAGAAUAUGGUAUCACAGUACAUACAUAGAAAAUGGAAAUUUUAGUUUAACUAUCACUUCUGAAUACGGGUAGAUAAAAAUAAUUUAUAUUGUAAAUAAUUAAUUUUAUAUUGUAAUAAUUUUCUUGCCGCUUUCUAGCUCCAAUGCCUCUUUUAGUACAAAUGGAUAAGUACCUUACAAAUUAAUUACUACUUGUCAACUAUUUUCUAAUAUUUCAGAGAUUUUUAAAUGUUUUAGUCUAUUAAAAUCAUACUAAAAUAUUUAUGCAAUACUAUAUAAAAUUAUAUUCUAUAUUAUAUAAAGCUAAAACGUGCCAAUUAAAAUCACGUAUAAGUAAUUAAUAUUUUAUUAAAAUUAAACACAAAUACUGUUGAUGAUCAGUAUUUUAUUAGAAAAAUUCUACUUUUAUAUAUUUACAGCACUUUUUUAAAAAAAAGAUGCCAUGAAUGUAAAAUAAGUACAUUUCAUUGAAGAAUGACAAUUAUACUUUUUAUU